AUGGCUUUGACUGAGGGCAACAUCGAUUCUAAAAACAAUUCAGUGCAACGCUACAGCGAGGUUCUCGGUACAGAUAUCGUGAAAACCGUGGUUGGAGGCUCUGGCACCAACAAAGUCAAAUUCGCUAUCCGCCGGAAGAUCCUCUGCGCUAGAGUACCAUUUUUUAAGUGUAUGUUUAUGGGCGAUUUUGCUGAGGCUACCACACAGUCCGCUGCUCUUCCUGAAGAUGACCCCGACGCAUUCCGACUAUUACUUACGUGGCUCUACACUGGUAGCAUCGCCAGUGAGAAUUUUCCCGAUGAUAGCUUUCUUAUUCCUCUCUCAACCUUGUUUAUCCUUGCCGAGAAGUACAAUGUGUCAGCUCUUAUGGACUCAUCAAUCGAUCGCAUUAUUCUGGCCUAUGCUAUUGGGAACCCUGAUAAUACUACGAUAGAUAUGGAUGGUUGGAGUAGUGAGCAGAUCCAAAAUAUAAUGUACGAUAGCAUUGAUUUUGCACGGGAUGUCAGUCAGCUCCUGAGGGGAAGAUUAGGACAAAGUGUUCAGUCUCCGUUCAUGGAACCUGAUUGCGACUAUCAUCAACACAAGAAGGACGAGCCAUGCCUAUAUGGUGGAAAGUCAACUGCAGCAUAG